AGCGCCGGGGCGGGGCCUGACAUGGCGGCGGCGCGGGACACGGCGGGGGCGGGCGCUCGUGAGGGCAGCAAUGGCGGCAGGCGGCGAGGAGCGGCAGAUGCUCACACAGAGGCUGAAGGCGGCGGUUCACUACACAGUCGGCUGCCUGUGCCAGGAGGUGGAGGAGGACAAGGACGUGCAGUUCAGCAAACAGAGCAUCGCAGCCAUCUCGGAGAUCACCUUCCGGCAGUGCGAAAUCUUUGCAAAAGACCUCGAAAUGUUUGCAAGGCAUGCAAAACGAACCACAGUCACUACAGAAGAUGUGAAGCUUUUGGCUAGAAGAAGCAAUUCCUUGAAGAGUGAAGAGCUUGCAUCGAGUCACAUAGAGCAGAAGGAGAAGAAGAAAAAGAAGUCUAGUGUAGCUAAGGGAGAGAGAACUCCUGGGGAACAAGAAGCAGCUGUGACUGAAAAUGAAGAUUCCAACAUGGUGUGAUUUAUUUUUUGAGUAAUAUUUCAGGUUAUUUUCUCUUACUAUCCCAGUGAAACCAGAAUUAGCCUAUCCAUCUUGCAGGUUAGCUCCAGUCAUGAAUCUUUAGGUCUUCAGGUGAAUGCGAUUGGAUUUUUAUUGUUCCAAAAAUGAAAAGUCAGAAGCUUCAGUAAGCUUACAGCCAACAUGCCUUAAUUGCUCACAAAAGGUAGCUGUUAUUAAAAUACUUUAAAUAAAGACUUUGAAACAGA